AUGUCAAGGACGUUUACAAAGAUCAGGAUAACCCCCACUAUAGCAAAUUCUUCAAUACGACCAAGACGCUUUCAUGUCUCUGCACCCCAUUCCUCCGCCAUCACCCUUCCAUUACUGAGUGUCCCAGACGCGCUCUCUUUUUCCAGUAUUGCUACCUCUUCAAACAGCGCACAAGAUCUUCUUCGACAGCAGAAGUAUCAUGACCUCGAAGACAGUGUAGGGCGCGACUUUCCGAACCCCUCACGCGUCUGGAGCUACUACACCGACCUGUUGGGCUAUCUGGAGUUCGAGCAUCUACCUCUGGAGAUACACCAAGCGGUUCUCAGGAAAUGCGUACCUUCUACCAAUGUUCUACGUGGAGCUAUGGCACGCCGUAUGGCAGCUGGCAAUGCGCCUAGAAUUCCUCACAUGUACGAAGCACGGUUGAAGUCCGUCAUGCGUAACAUACGUACAACAGGCCACAAGCCAACCCUCUCAGACUAUCAUUUUAUUCUGGAGCAGUUUGCUUCAGUUGGACACUACAAAGGUGCUUUUCAGGUAUACAACGAGUUGACACUCGUAUUUGGAUUGCACCCGACACCAAAAACCUAUGGACUGUGUCUGCAAGCCAUUGCCCACCGGCUUUCUCUCCCCAUUUAUAAAUUCGAGCGAGGGCGAUUGGUGGAGGAAGCGGGAAGGAUGUCCCAGGAGCUGAUGAAGGGCAUGGCGACUUACAAGUUACCCUUCACCUCGGUAAAUCUUGAUCUUACCAUACGCGUGUUGAAGGAGAUUGCAGACGAAGAAGGUUUCAGUAGACUCAUGAAAGUUGGAUAUGGGAUUGAUUUGGACAACCCUGAUCAUCCUCCAUUGGACGUCGUUACGAGCGCGGAAGGAGUGGAAGGCCUGGACUACCGAGUUCCAUUCUCUACGGCCGCGCUGAACACCACGCUAGACAUGCUUGGACGUUUUGGGAAUGUGCCAAAGCUUGUACAGGCGUUCGAGGUGCUCACGCAGCCACUGCCUCCCCAAGCUAAUAAGCAUUUCUCGAUGGCGUUUGACGAGGAGGACGAUUUUGGAGUCAUUAACCCAGCCUCGACGCAACCGUACCAGGCACCACAUGCGGCGCCAAACACGACGACCUACAAUAUCUUGCUUAAGCACAUAUCCAGGGCAGGUCAUGCUACCUUCGCGCGUCAUUACCUAUUUCAGGCUAUGCGUCUCGAUCGACAAACGGACAGGGACCUCCGCUCGCAGAUGAGAGACUCUCUUGGCGAGGUUUUGGCACCACAUUUUACGAUCAAUAAAGGAACGAUCCUCCCUGUGUUUGGAGAGGCCAACCGAGACAAGAACUUGCAGCUCAUGCGAUGGGUUGCUUGGGUUGCUAGGCAAACUAUUCGGCGGAAGAAGAAUGAUAUUGUAUUCUACUCCCAGGUACGACAAAAUGUACAAGAGCGAGCGUUAGAAGAGGCGAGCUCCACAGUAUCAGAGUUGCCAACCUCAUCUUCCGUGCCCCAACCAGUCGGAGAGAUUCCUAUUGCUACAACAAGCAAAGCUGCCAAUUCUGCAUCCAGUCUUUCCCCAUCAUCGAGCGUUUCGUCUGGAUCGCCAUUGGCAUCUGCAAUAGAACCUCGACAAGUUCCCAAAAAGGCCAUCUCCUCAGCUCUAGAGGUUGACAUUGAUGCUCCAUGGACACCCUCACCCGCACCUAUAAAGUACUUUGACCUUGAUCUCCACCUCAGUAUUCUCCAACGGGACCUUGAACAGAUAACUGCAUUCAACCAACAUAUUGAGCUCAUAAUGUCGCGUACUACGCAGCGAGUAAAAGAGCGGCUUGGACGGCGCGUGUGGUCUGGGAAGGAUGUUUAUCUUCGCGAUAGCGGCGAACGGUCACCGAUUGCGCGUAAGACAUGGACAGAGAUCGUGAAUUUCCAACGACCACCGCCCGGGAUGAGACGCGCUCAAAUUAUGAGCAGCAGAAAUACACAGAAGGGAAAUGGAAGGAGGAUUGCUCGAUAUUCGAAGCCAGGAUGGCUUGCAAGUCAGCAAGGCCUGGCGAUGUCGUUGUAUGCCGACAGACUGGAGUCGUAA